CUUGCACCUUAAGCAGCCUCUUCCUUUUCACGUAUAAACCUCACUGCUCUCCUUAGCAUCUCUUCUAAUCACAAAUCAGAACAAAUUUUGUUUUGAGAAAUCAAAUUGCAAACAAUCCGCGGUGAUCGAAAAGCCCUAACUUCUGUUAGAAGAUCAUAUUUUUGAAGAAUGAGCCGCGGUAGUGGAGGCGGAUACGAUCGACACAUCACGAUCUUCUCUCCGGAAGGUCGACUGUACCAAGUUGAAUAUGCUUUCAAAGCUGUGAAGGCCGCCGGAAUAACGUCUAUUGGGGUUCGUGGGGCGGAUUCAGUUUGUGUUGUUACCCAGAAGAAAGUCCCGGACAAACUUUUGGACCAGACAAGCGUCACCCAUUUGUUUCCCGUUACCAAGUACCUUGGUUUGUUGGCUACGGGCAUGACGGAUGAGUUGAAAUAUUUCCUUUACUACCCAGCUGACGCAAGAACUCUGGUUCAUCAAGCAAGGAAUGAGGCUGCUGAGUUUCGCUUCAGAUAUGGAUAUGAAAUGCCUGUUGACUCAUUGGCACGAUGGAUUGCUGACAAGUCUCAGGUAUACACGCAACAUGCCUAUAUGAGACCACUUGGCGUAGUUGCGAUGAUUUUGGGUAUUGAUGAUGAGAAAGGUCCUCAGCUCUUCAAGUGCGAUCCCGCUGGUCAUUUUUUCGGUCAUAAGGCAACAAGUGCUGGAGGGAAAGAGCAAGAAGCUAUUAAUUUCUUAGAAAAGAAGAUGAAGAAUGAUCCUGCAUUCUCAUAUGAAGAAACUGUGCAGACUGCAAUUUCGGCUCUACAAUCUGUUCUGCAGGAGGACUUCAAAGCUAGUGAGAUUGAGGUUGGCGUUGUGAGGAAAGAAGAUCUAGUUUUCAAAGUUCUGUCGACUGAAGAAAUCGAUGAGCACUUGACUGCGAUCAGCGAACGUGACUAACCUUGUCCCGUCUGGCAAAUGUUACACUGAUACAAGUUCGGGUGCAAACUUUGUUUCGAUGAUGGAUAGAGAACUGAGGAUAUGUUCUAAAUUUGUUUGUAUUUGUCAUUACACCUCUCUAUCCCCUAUUCACUCAGGAUUAUUUCAGUUGAUUUAUCGUAUGAAUGGAUGGAACGUGCAUACUUUGGUCUUGAUGAUGUCAUGGUUUCAGGCUUGGAUUAUUUCCUGUGUUUUGCCUGCUUGAAAUAAUUUGGAAGGUAGACUAUGCUAAUUUGGUACAAGCGAUUCAAGCAAAUAUAUGUACGUUAGAAAUUCUGUUUUGUCCCACAUUUUUAGAGUAAUAGAUAGAAAUUUCCUUGAAA